CACUUUUGUAUAGCUCGUGCGACGUCUUCUCUUUUACUCUUACAAGAUUCAAAAUGCCUACCAUGACCGUGUGGGUGUUGACCACAGCCCUGUUGUGGUCAGUUCAGUGGUCAGAUGUAACAGGAGAAGGCCAUAUAGACCCGUUGACCUCGUCACUGUGCAGACUGCGGGAGGAGUGUACUCAGAAAGUAAACGUUGAAGACUUGGAACACGACGAACUAGGAACUCCACAGGCGAUCUGUGUAGACUUUAUGGAAUUGUUGGAGAAACACGACGUAGAUUGCGAAACACUGGAGGACCCUGGAGUAAAGCCAGCUGACGUUGAACGGACACUGGAGCUACAAUACACCGAUAAGGAACGCGAACAACCACCGACAUCUGAAAAAGGCAAGGAAAACAACGGUGACCUCGGCUACAAACCUCAUCCUAUAGACAACCCUGGACAACAAUUCAGCGGCAAUGAUCAGGAGCGAAUGAACCAAUACCAGGACUGCUCUCAUAUCUAUACUGCUGGUUCAACAACCAAUGGCGUUUACUUUAUCAAACCUGUUAACGUUAGGGAUAAGCUCUCUGUAUACUGUGAUCAGACCACAGAUGGGGGAGGGUGGACGGUCAUACAGAGGAGGUUUAACGGGUCCCUCGAGUUUUACCGCUUCAUUGAUGCAUACCGAGACGGGUUUGGGAACUCUAGUGGCGAGUAUUGGCUAGGGUUGGACAACAUCCACCACAUCACUGCCCAGACCUCUUACGAACUGUACAUUGAGCUCAAAGAUUGGCAGGGAAAUGUCAAGUACGCUAAAUACUCCACAUUCUCAGUUGGUCCCGGUAAUAAUUACACGUUGGCUAUCGAUGGAUACAGUGGAACAGCCGGGAAUGGUAUGGAUCUAAACAGUGGUCUCAACUUCACCGCUCGCGGGUCGGACCCGGAAGCGAUCUUAGAUAUUUCAAUGGCACAGUUCUAUGGUGGCGGCUGGUGGUACUUUUGGUUAGGAUCCCAUAGUAAUCUGAACGGUCCGUACUUCCGAGAUACGGACGGGUUUAACAGCGACAGCGGAAACGGUCCGGGAGUUCUUUGGUCUCCUUUUCACGAUAACGUGUACUAUUCUCUAAAAGAGACCAAGAUGAUGGUCCGCCCCAAAGGCUAGGCAGACCUAUGGGGGAUAAUUAAGAAUCUGAAAGUAUCAAGUGUUACAUCUAUGGUACAUUUGAUAUUAAACUUAACACCACAAAAAAGCUUGGUUUUAAUUAAACCAAUCAAUUCUGACCCCUUCACUGAACAAGAUUUAUAUAGCUUGCUUACAAAUGUGUAUAUUCUAUUCGGUCAGUAAGUCACAUAAAAUCAAUUACAGAAAGACAGGUAAUAUAAUCACGCAAAUGCUAAAGGACGACCACCUCCUACAUGAAGUUAUCCCUUUUCCUAGAUCCUCAACUACUGGACGUUCAUUCAGAAUUAGAAACAAAAACAUCAUCUCCAUCCCCCAGCAAGAACAAAAAGACUACAGAACUAUUUCCUAUAUAUAAGUCGAUCAGACUCUAUACUCAGGCUGUAUAAUCUGAAUGGUACAAGAUUCUUGAUUGUAUUUCAAAACAGUCCAUAUUCCGGUUCCAUAUUCCGAUUUUUAUCCCGAUAUAUUGUUACUGUAGUACUAUAGCUUGCGGCAUUAAUUAUAACUGACAAUAUUAUUAAUAUGAAAAUAUUAUUGAGGAGUAAACGUGUAAAACCUUUAAAUAGAUGUAUGUGACCGAUUGCCUUAUAUACGUAACCGAUUAUCUUAUACGGGCCCGAUAACCUAUAACUACUGUAUCUGUGUCUAAAAUUCUACUAGAGUACGCUAUAUGUAAUAUUUUAACAAAACAUGUUUUGUGCUUUUGUAAAAGAUCAGCGUACUUCAGUCUCCUGUCAAAGGCUUCUGCGACACUGUACCUUGUGGUAGUUGAAUAAACCAGUCAUAUAUGUUUGGUAUGUCUAUUGUUGAUAUUGUA